ACACACAAUCCAAAUCAAAGAAAAAAAGAAAAAAAAAGCUUAAGAGAGUUUCUCAUGGCUUCUGAAACAUCUCAAAAGUUUCAUACUCCUCUUCACUUUGUUCUCUUCCCUUUCAUGGCUCAAGGCCACAUGAUCCCCAUGGUCGAUAUCGCAAGGCUCUUAGCUCAGCGUGGUGUGACUAUAACCAUUGUCACUACACCUCACAACGCUUCGCGGUUCAAGAACGUUCUUAACCGGGCCGUUCAGUCCGGUUUGCCCAUCAAUCUUGUGCAAGUGAAGUUUCCAUCUCAAGAAUCUGGUUCACCACAAGGACUCGAGAAUGUGGACUUGCUUGAUUCAUCGGUGCCGUUAGCAUCUUUCUUUACAGAAAUUUAUAUGAUCGAGGAACCGGUCGAGAAUCUCAUGAAAGAUAUCCAACCAAGGCCAAGCUGCAUAAUAGCCGACAUGUGUUUGCCUUUUACAAACAGAAUCGCCAAGAACUUUGGUAUACCAAAGAUCAUCUUUCAUGGCAUGGGUUGCUUUAACCUUCUUUGUUUGCACAUCAUGCGGGAAAACUACGAGUUUUGGGAAACCAUAGAGUCUAAUAAGGAGUACUUCCACAUUCCAAAUUUUCCUGACAGAGUUGAGUUCACAAAAGCUCAGCUUCCGCUGGUAGCUGGUGAUGGAGAGUGGAAAGAGAUUUUAGACGGGAUGAUUGAUGGGGAUAACACUUCUUAUGGUGUGAUUGUCAACACGUUUGAAGAACUUGAGCCAGAUUAUAUUAGAGACUACAAGAAGGUUAAGGCAGGUAAAGUAUGGAGCAUCGGACCGGUUUCCUUGUGCAACAAGGUAGGGUUAGACAAAGCUGAGAGAGGAAAUAAGGCGGCCAUUGAUCAAGAGGAGUGUAUCAAAUGGCUUGAUUCCAAAGAAGAAGGGUCGGUGCUAUAUGUUUGCCUUGGAAGUAUAUGCAAUGUUCCUCUGGCUCAGCUCAAAGAGCUAGGGCUUGGCCUUGAGGAAUCCCAAAGAACUUUCAUUUGGGUCAUAAGAAAUUGGGAGAAGUAUAAUGAAUUAGAUGAAUGGAUCUCAGAGAGCGGAUUUAAAGAAAUAAUCAAAGAAAGAGGCCUUCUCAUUAGAGGAUGGUCGCCACAAGUGCUUAUCCUUUCACAUCCUGCCGUUGGAGGAUUCUUGACUCACUGUGGAUGGAACUCGACACUUGAAGGGAUAACCUCGGGAGUUCCAUUGCUCACAUGGCCAUUGUUUGGAGACCAAUUCUGCAAUGAGAAGUUGGCGGUGGAGGUAUUGAAAGUUGGUGUUCGAUCAGGUGUUGAAGAUCCCAUGAGUUGGGGAGAAGAGGAGAAGAUAGGAAUGUUGGUGGAUAGAGAAGGAGUGAAGAAGGCUGUGGAAGCAUUGAUGGGUGAUACUGAUGAAGCUAAAGAGAGAAGGGAAAGAGUUAAAAAGCUUGGAGAAUUAGCUCAUAAGGCUGUUGAUGAAGGAGGCUCUUCUCAUUCCAACAUCACAUCGCUCUUGGAAGACAUACUGCAACAAGCACAAAUCAAUAUCUGAUUGUAUCGUUGCUCUUGAUCUGAUCAUAUCUAUGCAUGUAAGAUGUUAGUUAUUAAUUAAUCAAAGAUUCAGCUAUCAAAUUUGUAUUAAAAUUAUGGAACUU